UCCACACUAUGAGAGCUGGAAGUUGGAAAUUUUGAAAUCCCAGAGAUGAGUUGUACCAAAUGCAUGCAAGGUUAACAAUGGGAACUGUGAGCAGUUCUGCAAAACUGAAGGGGAAGGAGUCGUACGUUCCUGUGCUGCUGGCUAGACCCUGGGCAAUGACAACAAAACCUACCUUCCUGUAGACAAGUUCCCAUGUGGUAAGCUUCAGAGAGAUCAGGGAGCUGGUCAGGAGAAAGUCAUGGAAACUGUAACAAGUCCAGAUGUUCAUCCUGAAAAUGAGGAAAUGACCAAGGCCCCGAGCAGCCACCCAGAGGUCACCAGGGAUACUGACUAUCCAGUGCAGCCCCAGGGCAGGCUGUUCUGCAAGUAAAUGGGUAUGACCAAGCUCUUUGUGGGGAGACAAUUUUGAAUGAGUAUUUUAUACUUUCUGCAGCUCAUUGUGUUGCUAGGCCUGAAGACUUAUGGGCUAUUGUUGAGGAAGUGCCUGGAUGAUCACAGGAAUAGCUUCAAUCACAACAUCUGGGAACAGCUGCAAGGCUGCUGCCCCACAACCUCAGAGGAGAGAAUCUGCCAAAAAGACAGAACAAGAAACAGCAUUAAAAAAAAUCUGAAUACCAGGAGCAGCUGGACUUUAAACUUCAACAUCCCUCAUGUUGCCAAUUCCCUGAAGAGCUGCAGGAAUGCAGGCAGGUGGCCAUUAAUUUCAGAAGGUAACAAUGACAAAGCACUCUUGGACAGUAUUAUUUCUUCUUUCUGCCCUUCUUCUUCAGACAGAGCAGACAGUGUUUAUAUCAGCUGAUGAUGCAAACAAUGUUAUCAAGAGACAGAGGCGUGCCAAUUCCCUACUUUUUGAGGAGAUCCUGCAAGGAAGCUUGGAAAGGGAAUGCCUUGAAGAGAGGUGCACACAUGAAGAAGCAAGAGAAGUGUUUGAAAAUGAUGAAAUGCUUAAGAUGUUUUGGGAUGCCUACUAUGGUGGCAGGAGGUGCUCAUCAAGUCCCUGCCAGCACAAUGGCGUAUGUGAGGACAGCAUUCGUGGCUACACCUGCACCUGUGCUGAGGGCUAUGAGGGAGAGAACUGUGCUUUUGCUAAAAAUGAAUGUCACCACGAGGCAAAGGAAGGAUGUCACCACUUCUGCUACCCGGGAAGUGAUUCCUACCGUUGUUCCUGUGCUGAUGGCUACGAGCUCGGGAAGGACAAAAAGCAGUGCAUUGCGUUAGAUCAAUGUGCAUGUGGCAGACUUCAGGACAGCAAUAAUCUGCUAAGUGAAACCAGGAAGAAACAUGAUGAGCAAUUUCCUUGGCAGGUCCUGCUGCUAAACUCUGAAGGGAAGGGCUUCUGUGGAGGAGUGCUGCUAAGAAGUAACUUUGUGUUGACUACAGCAGAGUGUGCCCUUCUCCACAGUCAUUUUGAAAUCAGGGUUGGGCCCAGUGGAACGAGUGGAACCGAGAAGAUAAUGCAAGUGACUGAGAAACACAUCCACAUCCGUUAUGAUGAAGACACUGGCGAGAACAAUGUUGCAGUGCUACAACUCCAGGAGCAUGUUGAGUGCAACAGCCACCAGCUUCCUGUCUGUACCCCUGAAAGAGACUUUGCAGAACACAUUUUAAUUCCAAAAUUGCCAGGUACAGUCAGCGCCUGGAGAACGAAAGGUGAGGAACUUUUAAGUGAGGAGUUUCAGGUUUCAUACCUUCCUGCUGAGGACUGCAAACAAAUACUCAACACAAGCCUCACAAACAGACAGUUUUGUGGACACCUCCAGGAGGCUGUGGACAAACGACUGGCUGGAGGAAGUUUUCUAGCUACUGAGUAUAAGGGCACUUGGUUUCUCACUGGCAUCCUGGGACCUUGGCCACUAGAAGACACAGAGUGGGAAACACUCCUAUUCACUAAUACUGCGAGGUAUAUGAUUUGGUUUAAACAAAAGAUGAAGUAAAACACAAGCACAACCCACUUUCCA